AUGUCGACCGUAUCAACGCCCAAGAGGCGUCUGGAACAACUCAGCAGCCAGAUCGCACAGCCCCCCAUCAUCGAUGAGGGCACCUACAAAGGAAUGCCCCGGGUUGCCCGGCGGGCGGGAGAUUCAGUAGGACCACGCGCCCAGGACAAAGUGAUCAUCAUCACGGGCUGCAACUCCCCCCUGGGCAUGGGCCGGGCAACGGCUCACCAGUACGCCAGGAAUGGGGCCCGGGCAGUCUACAUUUGUGACUACAUGGACGACUACCUCAAUCUCCACGUGGAGGAGAUGGGCGAGCUCUACCCCAAGGUGGCCGUCCACGCCCGAAAGUUCGACGCGGGUGACGAGGAGGGUGUCAAGGCUGUCGUCGCCCAUGCUCUGGAGACGUACGGCCGCCUCGAUGUCUUCUUUGCCAACGCGGCAAACUCGGGGACCUGGAAGGAGGUCUGGAACAUGGAGGUCGACGAGUUUGAGCGGACUAUCAGGACGAACUUGACCAGUGUCUUCCUGGCCAUCAAACACGCCGGCCCGGCAAUGCAGGUGACCAGCAAAGACAAACCCUAUUCCAGCGGCUCCAUCAUCGCGACCUCCUCCACGGCUGGUCUCCGCUCCAACGGCGGCAGCACCGACUACAGCGCCGCAAAGGCCGCCGUCGUCAGCCUCGUGCAGACGGCGUGUUUCCAGUACGCCGGGCGCAACAUCAGAUGCAACGCCAUCGCCCCGGGCAUGACGCACUCGGGCAUGACGGAACCGGUCUUCUACGGUCCCGCCCGCGAAAGGGGCACGCUGCACAAAGUCGGUCAGCUGUGUCCGCUGCGGCGCGGCGCGGUGGCGGACGAGAUCGCCCGCGUCGCCCUGUUCCUGGGCUCAGAUGAAGCCAGCUAUGUCAACGGCCAAGUCUGGGCCGUGGACGGGGGACUGAGCUCGGGCUUGCCUUACAAGUUGGGGAAUAUGGCAUGA